AAAAAAAAGAAAGAAAGAAAGAAAGAAAAGAAAACGCCGGGCACCGAGCUAACUGUAUCACACACCUUUUCCGAUUAGAAAAGAACAAUGAAUACAUACUCCUUUGCUUAUUAUAAUAGUUGUGCGGCAAAGAUAGGACACUCCUAUCUCCGCCUGCUCAAAAAAAAAACAAAUGCAAAAACCACAGAAUUUUUAACCUAUGGAGUGAAUGCGUUAACAAGAACAUAGAAUUAAGGAAGAAUUUCCCUUAGAUAAGUACAUUAAAAUCUCCAAAAUGCUCAAGGGACUGAAACUGCCCUUGUGAAGAAAAUGCUGCGCAUCAGCCCCGCCAGUUAAAACAAACAAACAAAAACAAACAAAAAACACACCUCAUCCCCGUUCACCUUUAGCCCCACCCCGGGUGGUUCUUGGAGCCAAUAAGCGCCGGAUGCCCUCAGAGCCCCGCCCUCCUCCUGGCCAAAGCGGUGAGAGGGUCUAAAACAGCCCUUUCUGCAGCAGGUGACGGAGCCCCGCCCCCUUCCUCCCCGCGCACCAAUAGGAACCAGACCUGAAGAGGAUGACCCAAGAACGAAAAGCCCCACCCACUCGGGAGCCGCAACCUAGAAGCUAGGGUUGUGUAUCAGAUUCAACUAGGAGAAAAUCCCACCUCCAGGCUCCAUUAAUCCUUCCAAUGGAGUGGAAGUUUCUCUCACAGCGAAACUAGUUAGGGUUCCCAAUGGGAAAAGAACAUUCACACGGACUAGAAGAGGAAGCCAAUGGAAUGGAAAAUUGUCCUCGCGUUGGUAGAAGCAGCCAAUGAGAUGAAAAGAUCCCGCCUCCAAAGUGGCUGCAGAGGCAAUGGGGUGAAUCGUGCCCAGGGGCGCGCUCCAAUGGGGUAGCAGGGCUCGCCCGGCCGUCACUACGCCGCUUCCCCGCGCCCGGACUCCCCACCCACGGCCGGCCGCGGAGCCGAGUGCUGACCCGGGUGAGAGGUUCCCGCGGCUCAGGGAAGAUGGCGGCAGCCGCGGUGCUGGCCGCCAGGUUGCGCGCGGCGCGCAGAGCCGUGGCGGCCACGGGGGUGCGCGGGGGGCAGGUCCGAGGAGCUGCAGGUGUGACUGAUGGGAAUGAAGUGGCUAAGGCCCAGCAGGCAACUCCUGGGGGAGCAGCCCCAACCAUCUUCUCGCGGAUCCUGGACAGGAGCCUCCCAGCUGACAUUCUCUAUGAGGACCAGCAGUGUCUUGUGUUCCGUGAUGUGGCCCCUCAGGCUCCUGUGCACUUCCUGGUCAUUCCUAAGAAGCCCAUUCCUCGGAUUAGCCAGGCUGAAGAAGACGACCAGCAGCUUCUAGGACACCUACUCCUUGUGGCCAAGAAGACAGCAAAGGCUGAGGGCCUGGGAGAUGGAUACCGACUUGUGAUCAACGAUGGGAAGCUGGGUGCACAAUCUGUGUAUCAUCUGCACAUUCAUGUACUUGGGGGCCGGCAGCUCCAGUGGCCUCCAGGUUGAACCUGCCAACUGACUAAAGGACACCAGAUUCUGGAUGCUUUGAUGCAAAGGGAAAAAUGGACACUGUGAUGCUAAUAAAACUGUUCUCCCUUAA